CAAUCCAAACCUUCCGUUUCUGUACCACGUGAUUUUGAAACGCGGAAAAACACGACCUUUGGUUCCAGUCUCGGAGCGGAGGUUCGGAGACGAUGAGGCGGGCCGUGGUGCACGUGUCCGUGGGCUUCCUGCUGUGUGUCGGGCUCGUGAACACCGGCCUGUUCGCGGACGUCGACGUGGACCUGAGCUCCGAGCACUACGCGGAGAGGCGGGUCCACGGUCUGCCCGCGUUCUUGGCGAUGCCCUGUAACUGCGUGGUCAAUGUGGGUUAUGUGUGCGUGGGGCUGUACUGGCUGCUGUGGCGCGGGGACGACGCUGAGUCGGAGCGCGCCCGCUACCUGAGGCACGUGUUCGCCCUCAUGGCCGUCUUUUACGGCCCCGUGCAGUGGACGCGCCUGGCCAUGCUGCGGCGCGCUCCCGCCGUUCUCGACCAGUGGCUGACUUUACCGAUCUUCGCGUGGGUGCCGGUGUGGAUCGACUUUAUCCAGAGGCGGACCGAAUGGCGCGCGUCGCACGCGGCGACGCUCGAGCUCGGCUCCGUUCUCAGCUACGGACUGGCGAUCGCGCACCGACGCGGCUUUGACACGGCGCUCGCAGGUCACGUGCUCUUUGCGGUGUACAAAGGGGUCGACGUGCAGCGGACGCACGGAGAUGUGCGCACGCGCAGACACCUCGUGCUGGCUUUGCUGUCGUGUGCAGGCUUCGUGCUGCUGAAGCUGCUGGAUCACCACCUGGCUCAGUACCGCCUGUUCCAGCGCUUCACCGGACACUUCUGGUCCAAAGUGUGCGACGUGCUGCAGUUCCACUUCAGCUUCUGCUUCCUGACCAGGCUGACGAGCAGAGCGCGGGCCAAGACGGAGCCGCAGCAGCAGUGACAGACACGCAGCAUCCAGCAGCAUCCACGCAGCUUCCUCCAGCUGGGACUUCAUUCUGUCUCAUUCCACACAAGACCACAUCUUCAUCUCAGCACAACUCCAGAUUCUGUUCAGCUUCAAUACUUUAGUUCCACAUAAAUAUUGAUCCUCCCUGAGCUACAGUAGCAGCUGCGGCCACUUGGCUCUAGCUCCAAUCAGCUGUAUCUAAUAACUAGAGGUGGGAA